UGUGUGGUUAUGAACUUCAUAAAACUCAUGAUUGGUUCACAUUGGUUCCAUUGUAUCACGUGACUUUUGGCGGUCAACGUGACGCUCGUUUGAUCGAUGAUUAUACUUCAAAGGUUAGUGCUAUUUUAGAUAGUUUUCAAUUUUUCCAACAGUUUGAGAAAAAUAAAUAGAUAAUUAUGGUAAAAUUAACAUCAAAAUUUAUCGAAAAGAAGUACGUCCAAAUUCGAUCAAAAUCCCUUAGUAAGGCAAAUAAAAAACAAGAAUUAUGGAAGUUAACUCAUUUGUACAUGAAUGGAAUGUUUAUCAAUGAAAUUGGUAAUUUUGCUGUAUGCAAAAAUUUAAAAGUAAUUUAUCUUCAAGAUAAUAAUAUAUCACGUAUAGAAAAUUUACACUUUGCAACACAUUUAACACAUUUAUAUAUGCAACAUAAUAAAAUAAGUAAGUUAGAAAAUUUAGAUUGUCUACAGAAAUUGCGCAAACUUUAUGUAGGAUAUAACUGCAUUAGCGUAAUUGAGGGAUUAGAAAAUAUAGAAAAUUUAAUAGAACUACAUGCAGAAAAUCAAUCCUUAACUCUAGGCGAAACAUUAUGCUUAGAGCCGCGCAGUGCUAUAACAUUAUCUAAAUGUUUAAAAAAACUUAACAUAUCAAAUAAUAAAAUGACUACUUUAACUGAUAUAGCAAAUUUUAGUGAAUUAGAAAUACUAGAAGCGAAAAAUAAUUUACUUGAAGAUAUUGAGGAUUUAACUCAAAUAAUAAGUACAUUAAUUUCACUUAAAGAAUUAUACAUGAAUGGCAAUCCAGUUGUUCACAAACAUAGAUAUAAGGAAAGCCUUAUUGCUAAUAGUAAUACAUUGGCAAAUUUAGAUGGGAAGAAUAUUUCUGAUACUUGUCGCAGGUUUUUACAGGUUUUCAAAGAGAAACGUUUUAAAGAAUCAAUUAAAAAAAUAACAGUACCGAUAACAGAUGACAUUGCAAAUUCUUUGAAUUUGCCUCCUGCAUUUAAAAAAUCUGUAUAUAGAGCGAUAUUUCAACAACCUGGACCAAAAUUAUCUAUAAAAGUUACAUCUGCUAUGGGAGAAUUACAGCCUCAUAGUUUCCCAUUAUGGAAAACAGCUGCUGGUAUAAAUAGUCUAAAGGAUAACCACAUAACUCCAAGACCAUUUUGGAGGAAUAAAACGAAUAAAAAGGAAAUAUGUAAAGUAAACGCAAUAAAUAACAAAGCAAUCAUGUUUCCACCAAUCUGAUUAAUUUUGGUAAAAUAAUUGAUUAAUAUCGAAUAUAUUUUGCUAUACCUAUUGUCCUAUAUAUUGGAAUCUCUUAACAGCUUUAAUGUACAUUUGUAUAAAAAUAAAAAAGAAUAUGAAAUGUUCACAUGUAAACAAAAUGAAUAAUUUGUUAUCAAUUACAAUAAUACUUUUAUGUAUUUUAGCACUAAUACUACAUUCGACCCAUCAAUAAUCAUCUAUAUAACUUGAUAAUUUAACUUACAAUUAAACUUACUUGUGAACAAAUGUGUAAUAUGGAUAAGAUAAAAAAAAGGAAAUAAAUAACUAUACGUAUGUAGAUAUUGGUUCAUUUCAAGGAAGAUAUAAUAACACUUUCAUAUGUAUUCAAUCUGUAAUAAUAUAAAUACAUUUGAAAUAAAUGAACAACAGAAAUAUCAGAAUGUAAACUUAUAUACUACAUUUGUACGCUGCUUGAAGAUCCAUACGUAAUCUUUUCAAUUCGAUUUAUGAUAAUUUAAAUGCAACUAAAUAAUACAAAAACCAAUGGUGCUUCAAACAUUACACAAGUAUAAUAAUCUAAAGUUUUUGCACUAUUUUAUUUAAUAUCAUAAAAAUAAUUAAUGCUAGACUGUAACAUUGACACAAAAGCACAUACUAUUUCUAAGCUGAAAUAAUAUAUAUAUAAAUAUAAUAAUUUUUUAAGAAAUUUGAAAUAAAUAAUAUUCAAAAAUUUAUAUAUAUAUAAUACACGAUUAUUAGUUACUAUAAGCAUGGAAUGUUAGACGUAGUACGAAAUGACAUUUUUUCUGGAAUUAAAACAUAAAACAAAAUGCAAAUCGUUUAAAAUUCGUUACAUUUAAAUAAAUAUAUUAAACCUCAAAAAACUUUUUUUUAUUGUUUCCAAAUAAUUUUAAGAUUUUAAGAAAUAUUACACAAUUUGUG